CCGCGGGGGCUCUGGCAGCCGCACAGAGCCGGGGCUGUCCCGCUUAGCCCAGCGCCGCGCAUGCUGUGUGCUCCGGGAGCCGGGGCUGUCCCCCUUAGCCGGGAGCCGGGGCUGUGCCCCUUAGCCCAGCCCCGCGCACGCCGUGUGCUCCGGGAGCCGGGGCCGUCCCCCCCAGCCCAGCCGGGGCCGGCUCUCUCUCGCCCGCAGGUUCAGGUGCGGCGGGAGGAGGAGCAGCGGGAGGGAGGGACGGGCGGCCCCUGCCGCGGGCCCGGCCAUUGGGGCGGGAGAGCCUGGCGAAGGGCAGGGCCCGGCCCGGCCGCGGGGACAGAAAUAAACCACUACCCCAAAAAAGAGUUGUAGAUAAACCCCCCGGGCAGGGCUCGGGCGGGUCCCGGCGGCUGCGGCGGCUGGAGCACGAGGCGGGCGACGGGCCGGGAACCUGCGGCCGGGCCCCGGCUGAGCUCGAAGGCCCAGCCCGCCCUGCGCCGGUGCCACCGGACUUUGGCCCCCCAGGAGCCGCUGCACGGGCCGCGGUGAUGCCGGCAGCUGCCCCGCACAGCUCCUGAGCACACCAUGGCAGCCUUUUGCAGCGUGCCCCCCGAAAUCCUGGUCCCGGCCACCAACGAGACGCUGGAGCUGGUGCUGGGGAGCCGGGUAGCGCUGAACUGCACCGUGCGCUGGGCAGCUGCCGAGCGCUGCGAGCCCGUCCCUGCCUGGACCAAGGACGGGCAGCAGCUGAGCAGCCAGAGCAGCCAGGACACCACCUGGUUUGCCCAAAAUGCCUCGCAGCGACUCCUCGCCAGCGUCCUGCAGCUCAACCUCACGCAGGACGCCGACUUCGGGGUGUUUGCCUGCUGGGUCAGCAACGCCACGGCCACCUUCACCCUGCGGCGGGCAGAGGCGGCAGGGCACGUGCCCGCGGUGCUGGCAGCCCUCCUGGUCCUGGCGCUGCUGAUGCUCCUGGCCGGGCUCUACGUCCGAUGCCGCCUCAGCGUGCUCCUCUGGUACCGGAACCGCUACGGCGAGCUGGAGAUGAACGACGGGAAGCUGUACGACGCCUACGUGUCCCACGCCGCCAGCCCGGACGACCGCAAGUUCGUCCACUUCAUCGUGAAGCCGCAGCUGGAGAACCGCUACGGCUACAAGCUGUUCCUGGACGAGCAAACCAUCCUGCCCAACUCAGAGCCGUCGGCCGACCUCAUCAUGAACGUGAGCCGCUGCCGCCGCCUCAUCGUCGUCCUCUCCGUCGCCUACCUGGAGCAAGACUGGUGCAACAGCAGCUUCAGGGAAGGGCUUUGGAGACUGCUGGAGCUGUCCAAGAAACCCAUCUUCAUCGUCUUUGAGAGCCAGUACCGGGAGAUCACCCACCCUGCCAUCACCCUGCUGAGGCAGCACCGCGGCGCAGUCACCUUGCUGGUGUGGCGAGCCGGCUCCAUGACCCCGUCAUCGGACUUCUGGAAGGAGUUGUGCCUGGCCCUGCCCCGCAAGGUGUCGUUCCAGGGGACCGUGGGGGACCCCCAGACGCAGCUGCAGGAGGACAAGGACCCCAUGCUGAUCCUGCACAGCAGCUACCUGGACAGCAGCGCAGACCUGCACCCGGACGGGGACCUCGGCACAGGCCUGCGCGGGUGCAUCUUCGGGAGCCCCCCGCCUCCCCGCAUCGGCGGCGCCGCCCCGGCCUCGGCCACGCAGCUGAGGGACAGCCAGAGGCCCGAGCUCGACGUCUCUGACCUGGGGUCACGCAACUACGGCGCCCGCACGGACUUCUACUGCCUGGUGACCGAGGACGACAUCUGAGCGGGGCAGAAGCCAAGGGCUCGGUGGGAAAGAGAGGAGCUGGCUCCGGCUGGCACCACACUCUGCUGUGCAAAACCAGCACCAGCGGCACCCCUGCCCAUAGUGCCCGGGCACCCUUGGGUGCUGGGCCCCCUCCUCCUGACCACAGAGGCGUUUGUCCUGUGCAAGACGAGCCCUUGGGAUGCCUGAUGCUGUCUGAGAAGCCCCAUGCCCCAGUCCCGGUGGCUCAGAGGCACAGAAGUGCCCUGUGAGAGGGGCUGCAGCACCCUCUCUCCCACAGAAACCCCC